GCUAAGGUUGUGGCAGCAGCAGCAGCAGUCAGGCGGUCAGCCGUCAGCAGUGAGCUAAACAAGGAAGCUGCACACCAAGGCGACCGUGACACUGGAAAGUUAGUGGUGGUGUCCUGGUGCAGCGGUGGUGGCUGUGCUGUGUGCCUCACCAGACCUAACCUCACCAAAUCACCACGAGAGGAAGCAUUAGAGAGACCAGCAGUGAAAGUAGUAGCUGGAAAUAUAUGAUCUGGUGGUGAGGGAGACAAUAACAGCCUUGAUGCUUGGAGGCCGUCACUGACUCACUAUCAGCACCACCACUGACAACUAACUAGACCGUGGCACAGAUGGACAUGUACCCAUCAACUUUCUGAAACCCAUCAUCCCAUGACUCCAAAGAAGAGUAUUCAUCAUCAUCAGCAUAGUUAAAUAUAUGAGAAAGUCCAAGAAUGUCACAAAACAGCCCACCAGUUCCUCUGAUCAAUUCCACCGUCGAUGCCAGCGUGUGUGGGAAAGAUGCCCUCACUGAUAGCUAUGGCUGGUUUGUGCAAGUCCUGCUUGCCUCACUGGCAUUUGGAUUGCUAAUAUUGAAAAGAUUCUGUGAACCAAAGAAACAUAGAAGAUCAUGGCUAGUUUGGUUUUAUGACACCUCCAAGCAAGGCCUGGGAGCAAUGAUUGUUCACUUCUGUAAUGUCUUCUUAUCUGAAGCAUUCAAGGGAGAUCCCUGUACCUGGUACAUCAUCAGCUUCCUGCUGGAUUCCACCCUUGGUUUGGCCAUUAUCUGGGCUGGGAUUCGUCUCAGCAUCUACAUUGGCCAGAAGAAUGGCUGGCCUACUAUAAUCUUUGGGGAAUAUGGUCGACCACCAUCAGUGCGGGCGUGGGGCCACCAGUGUGCCCUGUAUGUGGGCAUCAUGGUGGUGGAGAAGAUCAUUAUAACGGGACUGUUAGCAUUGCAGUUCUGGGCCAGUGUGCGGGAGCUCAUCCUGGCCCCCAUCACAAGCCCUCAAGCUCGAGUUGUCAUUGUGGUUCUAGUCAUACCAUUCUUUGUCAAUGCCCUCAUUUUCUGGGUGACUGACAACUUCCUGAUGGUGAAUGUGAGGAAGAUAACAAGAGGUGAUGGUAGUAUGCGUGAGAGCAACUCUUCCUCGGGGAUGUCCAGGGUAUACUCAAAGGUACAUUACAAGCGGCCCAACACUCUCCAUGAAGAUGAGUCUGAUGUGCUUCUCUCGUCCUCCUCCAAUGACGAUGAGCUGCUGGGGAGAAAUGAGAACCUACAGGAGAGAUAUGUUGGGCACAUCAGCACAUGAAGUCCAGAGCAGCUUGGUAGCAGGUUAUUACUUUAUAGGAGUGGUAUGUCAUUAUUUUUAUGAAUAACCAAAAGAGCUAUCUUAGAUCAAUUCAAUUUCUUAAGUUAGUACUUUUAUAUUUUUGAAUGCUCACAUGUAUUUUAACUGAAUUUCUUUUUAUUAUAUGAGCUAAUGAUAACAGUAUUGUAGUACUUUGAGAGAGAGAGAGAGAGAGAGAGAGAGAGAGUGAGUGAGUAUGAUUGGAUCUUCUGAACUAGUCUCAUAUGUUUAUAUUAAAUAAGGCAUUAUUUACUCAUGUAAUUUUAUGCCAGAAGAACAAUCUUUUUAAUGCAAAGCUAUAAUAUUGUCCAUGAUAUAUAUAUAUAUAUAUAUAUAUAUAUAUAUAUAUAUAUAUAUAUAUAUAUAUAUAUAUAUAUAUAUAUAUAAAAUUGUUGAGCUUGGCUGUUAUGGCAGUCAGAUUCCUGAGCGUGUCAUGUGAGUGUUGUGCUUGGUGACAAUACCUUUCAUUGAGAAGAGGUGUUAGGUUCCUAUAUCUCCCUCGCCUUCUUAUGUAGGUUUUACAUACCAUUAUAUGUAGAAAACUUUUUUAAAUACCUAUACAUUACAUGGAAUGGCUAAACACAGCUGUGUAUGUAUGUACCUAUUUGUUUCUCUCUAUCCAUAUUAAUAUUGAUCUAUUAUCUCUUUAUCUACUAUCUGUAUACCAGUCUGUGUAUAUAAAUCACUAUAUAUAACUACUCUUUUGGCAACUAAUUGGUGUCAGAACAAUGCCACCAAACAUAAAGUCAACAAAAACAAAAGAAAAGAUCAUUUAUGUGAGAGCUGUCAGAAAUUAAUCUUUUACAUAAUUUGCCACAUAGAUCCCAAGUUUUUUGUUGUCAAAGAUAAAACAUAUAUUUGAAAUAAGGAUCUGAACUCUAACAUUGGAAUGUUAAUGAUGAGACAAGAUAAUGAUACCAAAAUUUCUGAGAUGAAGUUGGUGGAUGCCUUUCUUUGACCAUUUUCUCUGCAUCCUCCUCCCCUUAACCAUUGCCCAUCACACCCACACUCCAGCACUGCCAUGGCUUGUUCAUGCCACACUGAAGCCUGCCAAGGGUGAGAAUUUAUAUGUAAAUGAUGACUGAGAUGAAUAUUAUGUAACAUAUGAGUCAGCUUCCUUAUUCACCAUAUCCUACUCUACUUCACUUCAUUAUCCUGGCCAUCAUUAUUAGUACCCUGAUACCAUUAUAUAGAUAUGUAUCACUAAAACAUCACCUAAAGUUGCCUAAAGUGGAUGUUUGUAAGGAAAGGCUGGCAUUAACACCACGAUAGGCUGGGCAUUGACUUGAUGAGCACAAGCUCUGGUCUUCCACAAGAAAUGUCUUCACACCAAAGAGACACACACACACACACACACACACACAGUUCAGUGUGAUUAUUGCUUCAGUAUCAGAUACUCCCUAAUGAAAUCAAAUUUUAUCUAGUAAAGCAAUACUCAGCUUCCCUGAAUAAGAUAAAAUGUGAAACAUGUAAAGUGCAUGGGAAUAAGAUUUACAUCAAAUCCAAAUAGGUUUACAAUCCAGAUAAAAAUGUUUUGUUAUAUCUAAGGUACUAUUAGGGUGGUGUGAUUUAGAAGAGACCUGCUACCCUUGUACUUAUUCCUAAACUUUGCUUACCACCUCAGAUACAUUCCAGAUAUUUUUUCCAUUACAUGAAAUGGGUUGCUGAUUGUUUGUACUGUCUACCUAUGCAUAAUUAUUUUGUUCUAUCACCAGUGACUACCUUUGUAGUGUAUGCAUGUUAGGUAUGAUAAUUUUCUAUCAUAAUCAACCAACUGGACUGUGAUGAGGACUUGGAAAUUCUGGAGAAAUCUGUGAAGGUAGAAUAGAAAUGCUGUUAUGUAAACAGCAAACCCAUUUUCUCAUCCAUUGUUUGUUAAUCUCUUAUGCCAAAGAGUUAUAACUUGGUCACUUCAUUCCUGGCCACAGUAUGUAGCUUCAAACCUUCCUGAUCAUUUUUCUAUUAGAGAAGUGGAGAAUAUAGAUUCAGCUUUCUUUUCAUUUAGUACUUGGAUACAUCUGUAUUUCAUGAAUAAUAUGUUAGCACUGUUUACUUGUAAGUCAAAAAGCAGCCAGCAACACUGAAGUGUCCUGCCUAAUUGUGCCUUUUGAUAUCAGUGGAUUAAUCAUCAUCCUGCUUUGCCUUGAGUCUCUUCAUUAGAACUAAUCGUAAUUCAACUUUGCAUCACAUAGGAGGAGGAUGCUCCAUGCUUUUUUUCGUGUCUUGUGGAAUGCCUCAUUGUGUCAGGAAUAUUUGUGUUCUGUGUUCAUUUCAAAUAUUCUAUCCAAAAAGUGGUGCUGGGCUGGAGAUCUGCUCACUCUUGUCCAUUUUUUUUCUGUUCCACUAUGUGAUGGUAGGGAGGUGUGGGAGCAUUUAUGGGUAUAUCUACUAUACUAACAGUUCAUCAUAGUGUUAAGUGAUGCAAUGAAGAGGGUAUUAUGUAUCAGACAUCCAUGACAGUUUUUAUUCUAAGGUAAUACAGUGCUGCUGCUGUUGCUGCUAUCACUGUAAUACAUGCUAGUGAAUAUGCAUGAGAUUUUCCUCCACAAAAUGAUACAGUAAAUGCUGAUAUCACUUUUGAUUAGAAGAAUGCUGUACCACUGUCAUAAAAAUAGUGAAUCUCGCUCUUGAUAAAUGUGUGUGCACUCGUGUUUUGUUUAGUGUGCAUCUGCAUUGCAAAACUCCAUCCAUAUAUCUAAUAUGCCUCAGAUCCUUCUGUGUGAUGGAAGGAAAUGUUAUAUAUUGUAAUUUUGCAUGUAUUACUGAACAAAUUGACUUCAUGUGAUAACAUUUUAAUGCAGUAUAUACCUAUGUUUGUAUGUAUAGUAUAGCAAUAUAAAAAAUAUAUUUCUUCUUUAUUUUGGGGUACAUAAAUAUUUUUUUUUACAUAAAACUAGUUCCUUCACUGCACAUUAUCAUAAAUGGAAUGUUGAAUCUGUAUGUCUAAUGAAAUCAAAUUAGCUUGACUAAAUUUGUAUGGAAAAAGGAAAUUGCAGUAUGUGAGUACAGAAUAGAUUAGAACCAUUAAUCAUUUGUAUUAUUAUUGUUCUUGUCAAUUGGAAAAUUAUGCUUAUCCAUUGACCAUUUGCUGAGUGAAAAGUGGACUAUGACAAAUUUUGUGUAGUAAUUCAGCCAGCAGAUGAAUGGCCUGGCCCUUCAACCCAGAAUAAUGAAACCAGGAGAAAUGACUGCCUAGAACAGGUUCAUCUCACUCCUGAGUGCAUCAUCUCUGCAUUAAUGUCUCAUGUCUCAGCAGGUGGAGCAAUGUCUAAAGCUAAGACUGAGCUUGACAUCUUUGGGAUUCUCUGUAUUAUCUUAGUCACUCUUGGGAAAAAUGUGCAGCAUGUCAUUUCAUAAUAAUUUUCCAUUUAUUUUUUGAUAAAGUUACAGAGCAGUUGUGAAACCUUAUAUCUACUUCCCAAUAAUAAGACCUUGAUCACUUUUUAAUUCUAUGGACCUUUGCAUGCUGACAUUUCUGCCCAGAGAUUAAAAUGAAAAGUAAAUCAACAAAUAGGUUACAAUGGUUACUUCUUAGCAAGUGAGGAACUAGCAGCGGUUUGGCCUGAAGGGGUGAAGUGCAUUUGGCAUUUUAAAGAAAGGUGUGCUGGUAAUGAGAGCCAAAGUAUGAGGAGUUGCAAGAGGUGUAUUCAAGUUGUUAAAGUAAAAUAUAAAUCUCUUAAACUUAACAUGUAUGGGACCAAAGGUAUUAUUUUAUUAUGUGAUUAACUCUGGAGAGUAAAAACUUUGAUAUUGUACAUCAAAACCUUUAUAUUUAGUGCAAAAUAUUAUUUAAGCAUAACAUACUCGUGCAAA